GCUGCUGCUGCUCACUCGCGUAUGUGUGUGUGUGUGUGUGUGUACUGUGUGAUGGCGGUAUUGCGUUUCAGUAUUAUGCCAUUGCUUUCGCGGGAAGAUUUUUGAGUGUGCGGCAAAUAUGACGAAUUCGGUGCCGGACAGGUGGCUGGAGUACAAACCUUUUGGUAAUGUGAUCAAGGGUACUAAUAUCUUAGCAUUCAAAGUUCCAUUGAAAGACGGCAUAGCGAAGAAUCUACAGCCACAGGAACGAUUUACGACGACAAUAUUGCUGGAAUCGUUUCCCCGUCUCAAGUAUAUCAUCGAUCUGACAAACACGUGUCGCUACUAUGAUAAAAAGGAAUUUACAAAUGCUGGUGUUAAAUACGAGAAGAUUGCUAUACCAGGAAGAAAAGUGCCGCCUAUGGACCUAGUUAAAAAAUUCUUUAAAGUGAUGGACGAUUUCAUGGCAACAUGCGGCGAAGGUGAACUUAUAGGAAUCCAUUGCACACACGGAGUGAAUCGCACUGGUUAUCUAAUUUGUAGGUAUCUCAUUCAACAGCUGGGCUGGAUAAUUCAAGAUUCUUUAAAAGCUUUCGGGGACGCACGCGGAUAUCCCAUCGGACGCGACAUUUAUCUCACCGCAUUGAAAGAGCUUAAAUGCAGUGAGAGGAUCGAUACGAGCAAAGUCGUUUUAAGGUCGGCGAGUCCUACCGCAGUUCCAACCAAGAAGAAAGCACGCUCGUUAAAAAACCGGACAGGUCGACCGAUGGGACCGCCAGCGUUCACGAUGUCGCGUCGAAGCUUCGCGAACGGUGGUCCAUUUUCACCUCAGAGAUUCGCGGGUCCACCACCGGGAUUCGGACCUAUGCCUCCUCCGCUUAUGCCCCCCAUUCCGCCGCCCAUGGGCCCACCGCUUUACGGACCUAGGCCCUUCAGGUAUGGACCGCCGCCGAUGCGCCCAGCGAUGCCGCCGACCCCGCCCGGACCGGGUUUCCCGCAUCCUGGUUUCCCGCCACGUAUGCCAGGUCUGCCGAGAAUGGCGGGUCCACCGCGAUUGCCGGUCGGUCCAGCUGCACGGUUACCACCGCCAAAGAUGCCACCGCCGCCGCCACCGCCGCCUCUACCUUCCAGAACGGGCAAGCAGCUCCAAGGGCAGAAGAAAAAGCAGCAAAUUAGAAACGGUAUCAUGGAACGCGCAAUAAACAUUCGCUUAAGGCGAAACGGACCGGCCAGCAGAAUCAUGCCUAAAGCACACAAAGAACAAGACUUCACCGUGGAUACGUUUGAGGAAAAUCUGCUUACGAAUUCGAUUAUCACGCAAUCACGACGGCAAACGAAGGGACGAUUUAAUCAAAGCAAGUGACCACGUAUUCGCUAGGAGAACGAUGAUUAAACGUACGAUUUUACGUGUAAUAUUAAUGACGUUGAUAAGUGUCCGAGAAACUCCGUGGCGAGCAGCAGAGAUGCCGCCGUUUGUGACAAGUAUGACAUCGUACUGCAAAUUGUGUGUGAUGUGCUAUUUUUAUUCGAUAUCAAUAAUACAUAGCUCUUGCUAACAUUUUUUAUUUUAAUUCGUAUUUUAUAUGGGUCAUUGAUGAGCAACACACUUUGUCGAAAACUUCAUGGCGUUUAUUUUAUGAUUUAGACAUAUACGAUUGCAUAUACAUAUAUGUAUAGGCAUAUAUGUAUACAUGUUUUUUUAUAAACAUUUCUAAAAAGGCAUCUUUAGAUCGAUAUUUUAUGGAAAGUUUAUAAAAUAGAAGUGUAUAUGUAUAUGCAUAUAAAUAAUGUCAUUAAUCUUUUAACAUAUAAAUUCAUGCGCAUAAAAGGGGCAUAUUCAACAUAAAAAAACAAUAUGUGCGCAAAUUGUUAAUCAACCAUUAAUAACCGUAUUUACAUUUGAUUUUUAUUUUAAUAACUAUUAAAAAUUACAAUUUGCUCUCAAUUAUUUUAAAAUUAAUUAGGUUUAUUAUUUGUUACAAAUAUUCACUAUCAUGUGAGAUUGCAAUCGAAAUUCGCCAGAUUUUAUUUUCUUCUUUAUACGCAGUCUUGGUUCAAUGGGAAAGUGAAAUAUUACGUACAAAAAGAGAAACUGUUUAUAACUCAUUUUUAAAUUACUUUUUAAUAUAUCAUUAGUUUAAUUUUUUAUGAUCUGACGAUGUUAAGAACAUACUGUUUAAAAUUUUAAUAUUUUUUUAUUCAUAUUGUACACACAAAUUGCAAAUCCAUAAACAUCAUUAUUUAAGACAACUAGUUGUCUAAAAAUCAAAAAAUGUAAAAAUAGAAUGAACUGGAAAAACAGAAUAGAACAAACAGUAACUCUAUAUACAACUUUAAAUAAAAUGUGUGCAUUUAGAUAUGAGAUAUGCACUAUAAUGAUUAAUGUUACGAAAGUUUCUUUAUCUAUCCUAUUUAGUAAGUUUAUCUAUCCUAUUUGAAAAUAAAUAUAGUCAUUUUCACAAACAGAUUAUUUUUAGAAAUACAAUUCUAAAAAUAAUGCUUACAACAAGAUCCACUUGUUUAAUUUGGAAUAUUUUAGCAAACAGGAGCAAAAAUAAGAAAUUGCUAAUUUUCUGCUUACAAAACUUUGCUAGAUAUAAACUGAUAAAAUUAUCACAAGUUGAAGGAAAAGUAAUUUGCUAAUAAAAUUCAGAAAUAGUUUUAAUUAUAGAGAAAUUCUCAUGCACAUUUAUAUAUAAUGCAUGAAAAUUUCGAUCUAUAUAACGAGUUCUUUUGAAUCCUAAUUUUCAUAAAAAUUAUUUUUUUCUAUGAAAUACCGAAGAAUGCCACAUUAUUUACAUUUUUAAUACAAAAUAGAGAUGGCCGCUAGUAAUUUUUCACAUGUAUGAUAAAAAAA